AUCCCCAUCGACGACGGUGUUUCUGCUGCUUGGCAUGUCUUUGUUGAUCCCGACAGCGGUAUAAUUUACGAUGCCUCGCUCAACCAGACCAAUGCCUCCAACAACAACAACAAAUUCUAUCGUGUCCAGCUCCUAGAAAGCUCUGGUUCUUACAAAAGGUACCAGACAUGGACUCGCUGGGGCCGUGUUGGCGAGCACGGUCAGUCGGCUAUGCUCGGUGAUGGCUCAAUUGAAGAUGCCUUUGUCAACUUCGAGAAAAAGUUCAAGGAUAAGUCUGGCCUCAAAUGGGACGACAGACGCGAGAAGCCCAAGUCAAAGAAGUACGUCUUUGUCGAACGUAGUUAUCUUGCCGACGACGACGAGCCUCCUGCCCAAUCCGGUGCCUCUCCUGACAACGACGACGAUGGUCCUAAAUACACGCCACCCAAAUGCACCCUCGAGCCGCCGAUUCAGUCCCUGAUGGAGCUUGUCUUCAACCAGAAGCAUUUUGCCACUACCAUGCAGUCUCUCAACUACGACGUCAACAAGCUCCCACUCGGCAAGCUCAGCAAAGCUACCAUCAUCAAAGGCUUCGAGAUUCUUAAGGAGUUGUCUGCCAUGAUGAGCGAUACCUCAGUUGUCCACAGUCUAGCUGGCUACGAGGAGCUCAGCAACCAGUACUACAGCUACAUUCCUCAUUCUUUUGGAAGGAACCGACCACCCAUCAUCCAGACUCUCGACAUGCUCAAGCCAGAGAUAGAAUUGCUGGACAGUUUGAGCGACCUCAAGAAUGCUGACGAAAUUCUGAAGAAGGCCAAGGAGACAGCCAGCCAAAUCCACCCUCUCGACUCGCGCUUCCAAGGCCUUGGAAUGCAGGAGAUGCUUUCCCUCGCACCUUCGAGCUCAGAGUUCUCCGAGAUCGACCAGUACCUUCACAAGACCUGCGGUUCGACCCACUCUAUCAAGUACGAAGUGCAGGACAUCUUCCGCAUCCAGCGUCAAGGCGAGUUCGAGAGAUUUGACAAGAGCAAGUACGCCACGGUUGCCAGCGACCGCCGUCUCUUGUGGCACGGCAGCAGAACCACAAACUUCGGUGGCAUUCUCAGUCAAGGUCUGCGCAUUGCUCCGCCCGAAGCGCCUGUCAACGGUUACAUGUUCGGCAAGGGUAUUUAUCUCGCCGACAUGUCGAGCAAAAGUGCAAACUACUGUUCUCCAUACGAUUCAGACGGCUAUGCACUUCUCCUCCUGUGCGAGGCCGAACUGGGCAAGCCAAUGCAGACACUCACCGACGCCAGCUAUGAAGCAGCCGAGACCGCCAAAGAGAUGGGUGCCUUCUCUACAUGGGGCCAAGGUCAAACCGCACCCAAGACCUGGAAGGAUGCCGGAUGUAUUCAUCCCUCUCUCGCCGGGGCAACCAUGCCCGAUACCACCAAGCUUCCUGGCGCAACCAACAUCCCCGGUGCUUACCUUCAGUACAACGAGUACAUCUGUUAUGAUGUCGCUCAGGUCCGCCUUCGCUACCUCUUGCGUGUCAAGAUGUGA